AUGUCGAAAUCAUUAUUUAAAAAAAAAACUAUAAAUCCAGUGACAAUCCUGAAUCAAUACACGCAGGUUCGCUUUAAAAAGGAUUAUCCACGCCUCCAUCGCGACACGGAUUUUCCAAAUUUUGAUUACUAUAGAAAAGAUCAGUUUAAAGACAUCAAUAGAACGUCUUGGAAUUCGGGGUAUUCAAAACAAGGUAUCACAAAUUUAAUUGGAUUUGUUGGGUCGAUGUGUGCAAUGUACGGUUUAAAAAGCGAACUGACUCAUUUUCUUACAUCCAUGUCUGCCCCAGCUGACGUCCUUGCUCUUGCUUCUAUAGAAGUGGAUAUAUCAGGCAUUGCUCCAGGAAUGUGUUCUUCAUACAAAUGGCGAGGAAAGCCAUUAUUUAUUAAACACAGGACUAGUAAUGAAAUAAGUAUUGAGGCCAACACUUCAUUCUCUUUACUUAAAGAUCCCGAAACACCAGAACAACGAAUGAUUAAGCAACAGUGGUUGGUAGUUAUAGGGAUAUGCACACAUUUAGGAUGUAUUCCUAUUCCUAACUCUGGUGAUUACGUUGGAGGGUUUUACUGUCCCUGCCAUGGAAGUCAUUAUGAUAAUGCAGGUCGAGCUCGAAAAGGCCCAGCACCUACUAAUUUAGAAGUACCUUCUCAUAGGUUUCUAUCCGACAAUGUGAUUAUAGUCGGAGAGUAG